AUGUGCACAAUCUCCUUCGUCACAGCUGGAAUAUGUAAAGUGUUCACUGCAGCGUAUCAUUCGGUUAUUUUCAAGGUGAGCCAUCUCCUCGCUUCGGCGUUACUGGGCGGAUCAAGUCCUCUUGCUGUUAUGAAUCAAAUGACUAGUAGCGGGUCAUCGGCUAGCGUGGAAGCUCAAGGGGUGCCACUGCUUUCGGUUUUACAGGAUCAGUUUGCAUUGAGUCAACUGCUUCCACAUCUGCAGGGUGGCCAGAACCUCAAUAGCGUGAAUGCUAUCAUGAAUCCAGCCAUUGCCCUUUACUACCAGCACAUAUUGCAACAGCAACAGCAGCAGAAUGUAUUGCAACAACUUGUACAGCGGCCGCUCUCUCAAACCCAGACGGCUCUACUUCAACAUGCUCAGUUUCAGUCCCCUGUGCCAGGACCAUCGGGUAACGUUGAUUCGCAGUUGAAUGCACAGGAGCGACUGAUGAAUGCCUAUUUGAAUGAGCAACAACAGCAUGGUGUCGCCUACAAUAUUCUUUCCGAAGAUCCUGAACAGGCUCUGGUGAGCUAUCAGGUGGCAAGCGGCAGCCGCACGCAAAAUGUUCAACAUCCACAUGAUGGCACGUUUUCUGGAGCAAUUAGGAACAUUGGUGGCUCUGGCAACAACGCCGACGUAGAAUCAGUUGAGGAGAAAAUCUCGCGACUCAUCAGUGAAAACGAAGCAAUCGUGCAACCAAAUCAGACACUUCUGAAGCGAAGGCCAUACCAUCGACAAGCUGCUGGGCAGUCCUCAAAUGAGCAUGACGGUGGCAGUGCUGGAGAUUACGGCGCCAUCAGGACCUCCCCUGGAAUGCGAAAUCAUCGAGUGUUGCAGUCCAGCAGUCGCAGUCAGUCACACUAUGAAACUCUCACAAAUGCAAAAUCGGCAUUUGGUGGUAGUUUAACGUCGGGCUUGCCAAUAAGCAGAAAUAUCAAACAGGAUCUUUUACCGACGUGCUCGUUCUGCCUUUUGACUUUCCCUAAUGAAGCUGGACUGCAAGUGCAUGAGUUUCGAUGUAGUAGGAAGGUCGAAGCAAUACCUGCUGAAGUUGAGAAGUUAAAAGUCGACUCUUCACUCACGCUGCAAACUGUAACGAAAAAUUCCGAGAGUGAUGCCUACAGCAGACAUCCUCUCAAGAAAAGAUUAUUGGCUGCUGUGGCUUAUGAGCAACAGAGCCCUACGAAAGUUUCUAGACCGGAAUCAAGUGAGGUAGUUGUUAUAGACGAAGAAAAAACACCAAAAGCGGACAUGAAAGAGGCUAUAGUCGAAAUGGGUGUUGACCGCGAUGGUCCUUGUCGAAGGAUCACGGCUGUGUCGAUUGGUUUGAAUCAACAACGAGCUCAUUGCGUGGCUGCUCCAAUUGUGGUUUCCUCUAUGAUGCAACAAGUUCACGCUUCUGCACCGUUGUAUGCCCUUCAGAUAGCUGGAAGCUCGUCCAUUUUAGCAUCUCCGCCUUGUACAAAUUAUUUGCCUGGUCCAACAAGUGUGAAUCAGCUUCCGAGAAAAGAGGAGAAUCCAUUCAGUAUUGAGGGUCACAUGCUUGAUGGCAAUACUGAAAAACCAUAUACCUUGGUUUUGACGCAUUCUUGUAAAGUACCAUCUUCAAGUGAUGUUGCUACUGUUCGAAGGUCACGUGGGAGAAAUAUCACAAGUGAAACGUUUGUAUGUAUGCACCGCGCUCAGCCCAUGUUUGUUGAACAGAAGGGGAAUUUGUCGAUGUACAGCAACUGGCAUCAGGUAAGCAUAAACGAGACGGAAUCCAAGCUCAACUUGUUGUAUAUGGGUAUGUGCUCCACGAGGCCGCGAACUGGAGUGAAGCCUUUUUGGCGUUAUAGCGUUGCAAAUCGUGACCAUGGCCAGUACAAAAUGACACACUCUUCUUUUUGGGAGUAUCGAAAUAAGAUGAAACGGCAAACAGAUCAAACGCAGAACGCAAGCAGAGAGCAAGAUGCCCUUCAUUCUUUUGACACAAAUGAGCAAGAUACAAGGCCGGUGGUUGAUGAGGCAAAUGAUAUUGGUCUUCCUACUAAAGUGAGAAGUAAGGACUCGGUUACAACCGAAUUCAGUGAAGAAUUCUCAUCCGGAACCGAAGCAAUCGCUGCUGCGAACUUUAUACCUACUGCUGAUGAAACAAGGUUGUGGAAGCCAAUCAGGAAGCAAGAUCCUGUUAUUGGAGGUUAUCGGACAGAUGAGGUCUAUGUUUACGUCCGCGGACGAGGUCGAGGAAGAUACGUGUGUGAUAGAUGUGGUAUUCGAUGCAAGAAACCCAGUAUGCUGAACAAGCAUAUCAAAUCUCAUACGGACAUUCGCCCAUACAAGUGCAAGGAGUGUAAUUUUUCAUUCAAAACUAAGGGAAACUGGACGAAACAUCUCAACUCCAAAACUCAUCGGAGACGUUUGGUGCAAGGUUCUGGAAACGAUAGCGAAAAUGAAGACGGACUCGUGAUAGCUAGCCCAUGUGACGAUGAUGACGAUAUGAAUGAACAGGGAUACCCGUAUGAUGAAAUGGACUCGCUGUUGAAUAGAUCCAGUUCCGAUGAUGAAGCUGAUGAACAUUUGCCUCUAUCGCAAGAGUCCUCUGGUAAUGCGUAUAGGAAGUUUGGACAGGAAGUCAUUCUCUUCGAGCGUACGGCGCACACACCACCGUCACGGUGGAUGCUUGUCGACGAAGAAGUCGAAAAUAGGUGGCCUGACGCUGAACGAGUGCGGAACUGUAGCUCUGCUCCACCGUCGGCUACAAGUCCAACCAAAGAAGACGCCAAGGAAGAGCUUUCAACACCUUCAACAGUGUUUACCUCCAUAGCUGUCUCUGUAGUUUUGACAUCGUCUUCCACAUCCGAUUCUCAUCACUCCCAGCAGGAGCAACCCAAUUAUGUCGCGCAGCAGCCGGCUUCGUCGAUAUAUUCAUAUUCUUCCCGAGAGGAGUCUAUGAAGUGCAAUCAGUGCGACCGGUCUUUUCGAAAAGCUUCAGAGUUCACAUUGCACCAAUACACCCAUGAUCUCGAAAAACAUACUAGGAAUAAAAUGUUUCAGUGUUCGGAAUGUAAAAUUCCACUGAGGACCAAAGCACUGUUGGCUAAACACCUCGAAGCGUCCCACGGAAGUCGUAUAGACGAGAGUGUGACGGCCAACAUUGAUCCCUGUGCAUCAACACAGUCUGUUCUCGGAGGAUCAGCGCCAAUCGCCUCAAACCCACGAUCAUUCGUUUGCACUGAUUGCAAUAUUGGUUUCCGAAAACAUGGCAUUUUGGCCAAGCACUUGAGGUCAAAAACUCAUGUGAUGAAGCUGGAAACCUUAAAAAGGAUUCCGGAGGAUUCUCUUUCUUUGAUCACCAGGAAAGACAAUGGCGCAUGUCUCAACAGUGUCGAUACGACGGACUGUGAGAAGGCUCGAAAUUCCUUGUUUGAAAUAGUGGAGGCGAUUCGUGCUGAAAAUCAGCGCAGUUCGUUGCAAACGGUAUCGGUUUGCCGUCCGUCUGGUUUCAGACUAGAAUUGGAGAGUACGAGCACCGAGAGCGUGAAGAGUCGAGAGGAUCCUGAGACUCUGCCAGUUGUUCUAGCGCAGAGAGAGCCAGUUGACACUCCAUGCAGCGGGCGGCGAACUGAUGCGGGGACCUCUAGUUUGCAGUACCUCUUUUCCGAUAACCUCUCCAGCGCAUCAUCUGAACCCAGUCUCUGCGAAAAACGGGCCGUCUCAUUAGCACGAUUAAGUCCAAAUCACCAUUGUCAAGAUGAAGGAGGGAAUGUCAAGCAGGUCUCGGCAAAUCUGUGGAUACCUCCGCGUAUCGAUGCAGAUCGCUCUCUACCCCCUCGUACAGAUUCGAACAAUAUGCGCUCUGUUCAGGAGGUCGUCACGCAGGAACGAAGUGCUUGCUCAUCACCUCUCAUGCGCGUGUUAUGCAAUAAUGGUUAUGCUUGUUCACCUCUCAUGCUUCAAUGUACCAAAUGUCAAAUAUGUGGGGUUAACGCUGAUUCUCCCAUAGAUUUACAGGUACAUCUUUAUUCGGACCAUAUCUCCAUACGGGAUGGAAAAGAUCUGAAAUGUCCCAAACGGAACUGUGAUAAGGUAUAUCCGAACAAGGACAGUCUCCGGCUUCAUAUCGUUGCUCAUUAUCAGCACUGUGUCGAUGCGACUCUUGGCAUAGAAGCACGCGAAGAUGACUCGGUCUCGUCGGUGACCUCCUUGUUAGCAAGUCGCUUGACCGAAGACAUCUCAGACCAGCGUGGCUCGCCUCUGUCCGAUGAAAGUGACUCCUCUUGGCCAAGCGCCGACGUAUCACGUGUCGCAUCCGCUUCAGAUUUGAAAAGAAGUCAAGAGGAUGAGCAAUUAUCCCUGCCCUGUACGUUGUGCAAUAAGUCGUUCAACUCUGCGGUAUCUUUGCAGCAGCACUGGUUUGGUCAUGUGUCCUCAAGAGUGCACGCUUGCCAGGUAUGUGAUAUUGGUUUCACAUCCUCUGAUGCCCUGCCGCAGCAUUUCAUGUCUUACUCCACAGCGCCCAAACGUUAA